CCUGGACCUGUAGGAACUAGCUGGCGCAGCAGUCCACAGCGUUGACUCAACGUUGCAUCUGCGAGGCUGAGACAGCGGCAUCUCUGCUCUGCUGCUGCGAGACAGAUGAGAUGACAUAGCGACUGGACGAGCUAGCGCCACCUCGACACCUGGAUCAGAUCGUGUCUCUGUUUUCCCGUCGUUUUCCCCGUGAUUUAAUUAGCUAUUUGCUUGAGCUUGCUUAGACCGCAGGCCAGUCACCAAUGCUCCCAGUGAGCUGCCCUCACAUAGAUGUCAAUCUAAGUUGCUGCAAGCUAGCGUUAGCUCGCUGCUGCUACCCUUCAGACAUCGAAGUGGCCACAUAAACAUGCGGAUCAUCGAGGCGGAGACCCCUGGGACAUCUCUAACGUUAAACGCUCUCUGCAGGACACGAGUCUCGACUAGCCGCUGACUGGACUCUGCAGAGCCUUUGUAAAAGGGGAAAGAGCGACGGAUCUCAAGGACCAGAUUGCCCGCGUGAACUUUUUGCCUCUCAGACAGAUCGCCAGGGACCAUGCUGACCAUUCUAGCUGCUGGGUCUGUGUUCUUUCCAGGCCUUUUUCUGCUGUCCAAACAAUGCUUGAAGUCAAUCCCAGCACUGAGGUGGAGCGAAGGAGAUGCAGUCAUUGUGUCUGCCAGGUUGGUUUCAUCAGUUCAGGCAGUCAUGGCCUCUUCAGCUGGCUACAUCAUUGCUUCUUCCUGCGAGGACAUCAUCGAGGACCAGCACUGGCUGACUAGCACUUACAUCAUGUUUGCUGUUCCCUACUUCGUGUAUGACAUCUACGCAAUGUUCAUGUGCUACUGGUACAAGCUGCGGGUCAAAGGGCACGAGGAGGCGUCGGCAGCGCCCCAGCACAUGAGCACAGCACUGACCAGCUACCUGCGUCGCGAGUUCCUCAUGGUGCUGCACCACGUUGUCAUGGUCACCGUCUGCUUCCCCGUCUCUGUGUUUUGGCGACAGGGAAAGGGAGAUUAUUUCCAGGGUAUAAUGUUCAUGGCUGAGCUCAGCACUCCAUCCGUCUGCUUAGGAAAAAUACUCAUCCAGUACAAACAGCAACACACUCUCCUGCACAAAGUGAAUGGGGCUCUUAUGCUGAUCACUUUUUUCAUCUGUCGAGUCCUCCUCUUCCCUUACCUCUACUACGUCUAUGGAAGGUACGCGUCCAUUCCCUUCCACAUGGUCCCCCUGUCGGUGCCCUGGCACUGUAACCUUGGUGCUGCUCUGCUCAUGGCCCCCCAGCUCUACUGGUUCUCCCUCAUUUGCAGGGGCGCCCUACGACUAUUCACAGGCACCUCACGCUCUCAGAGACCACGUCCGACCACAGGCGCAGCCAAGGAGAGGCAGACGGAUGGUAACACACUGCCCCAGCCUGCCAACGGCUACAGCACGCGCUCCUCAGAGCCUGAGCUCACCACUCACUGAGAAGAGUGGAGGGGGGGGGGGGGAUGGGAUGG